AUGAAAAUGAAUUAAUUAAUAGUGGAGAGAGAAAGUGACAACAUCCGGAAAAUGAGUCGUCUGGCUAUCUUUAAUCAAAAAAGGUUUUGGCUGAAAGAAGAAGAAAAGUAAUAAACAGAGGAAAUAGAGAUAGAAUUCAAUAAACUUAAACUUGAAGAACCCCCUUUAAAACUAGAAUAAUAAAACCUGCGAAAAUUUUGCAAGAAUUUUUAAAGUUUUGAAUAUUAUAAUGGGGAAUCCAUCUGUAUAAAUGAGUACUUUAUUCGCAUCUUACCGGUUGGAUAAAGGUGCAUCGUUAGCAGUCAUCAAGGAGUCACAGUUUUGAAAACAAUCAAUGGUCUAAAAUAUAAAUUCUCAUCCUCGCUUCCUGGAGGCAGCUAAAAGACUCUGAUUGGCAGAUGCAUUUUGGACUGUUUCCUCAGUGCCAAUACAGUUUAUAUUUAUGAUAUUUUGUAAUGGGGCAAAAUGGAUAUGAGUGAAUAAGUAGCAGAAUUGAGGUAUUUCUGGAUUAAAGGUCACAUUCUCAGUCAAUUGCGUUAGGAUUAAGAACAAUAGGACUACAACUUUGAAUGGAUCCCAGUUAUACCAUCAAUCGCUGAAUUGCAAAAAACUCUCUUCCCUUACACCAAGAAUGGUUUACUGUUCAUACGCAAAGACUCCUAUUAUUAUGCUGGAGUCAAUCCGGAAUGUUUCAUCUAUCAAGAUGAGUUCACAGACGAAAACUUUAAAGAAGAAUGCAUCAAAUACAAAUUAGACAAUUCAAUUACCUUAACUCUCAGUCUCUUCCAAAAUCAAUUGCUAACCAGAGAUGGUUACAAUAUAGCUUCAUCCAAAAGCACCAAAAACACAAAAGUGAUUGUCGAUGCCAAAAUUAAAAUUACUGAAAAUGAAUUGAUCUUAAUUGAUAUCAAAGAUCCAUCCAAAUUUUUGGAAGAUCCCUAUUCUAAAAUAAUGUUCUGGAAGUAGUUACCUCGCUUAAGGAUACAAUGA